AUGAGAAGAAUGUGGAAGAAAAUAAUUAUUUGGUGGCUCAUUGCUGUCUAUUUUUUUGAUAAAAAUUCAGCUUUCGAUAACAUUUUGUACAAACGCUCUCCGACACCUUACACUCAAAUGGGACAACUCUUCAAAUCAUGUUAUUCUGACCGACUGAACCCAGUUGUAAUUACCACCAAUCUGAUCGAUAUAAUCGAGGAACUCCCAGUGGAGGAUGUAAGCUUCUCAAUGAUGACUAUCGACUGCAAUUUCAAGGCCAAGGACAUACAAAUAUUCAUACCUGCUUAUCCGCUGUACAUCGUAUCAACAGAUUCAACCGAUCAACUGCAAGGACUCCUCAAUGAACUGAAAUCGACACCGACCUGGAACAUUGUAUCGAUAUUCUUGUUCAUCGAAGCUGAAGGGAACUAUUGUCAAAAUGCAUCGCAAGUGUUGCAAUUACUUUGGAAAUUCGAUCUGUUAUCUUCCUUCUACUUUUGCAUUGAGCCCAACAACGAUAUUAUGCUUUACACUUACAACCCGUACACCAAUAGAGCCCCUGAUUUAUGGACCGAAGUCAACACAGAUGACAAACCAAACAAUUGGUGGACUUUAUAUAAGCAACUGUACAUUCCAAAAGAUGAAGGAGUAUGUCAAAGUCUUAGCUACGAUAAAACAACGGCUCUAGAUGGUUAUGAAGUAAAAGCUGCUAGUGAUAGUAUGUCAUGGGAGCAUAUUACCCGCAACGAAACCUACAACAUCUCUAGUUUUGACGAAACAUUGAUGAAUGGUGAUAGAACUUUCAUGGUGACCUUAUUUACAGCAUUGAAUGUUACACCAAAAAUUAAUUACGAUGACCCGGGUGCAUAUAAGAAUAAUACUGUAAAAGCUACUGGUAAACGCAACCCACGAUAUAAGUACUUCUGUCCGAAGUAG